AUGGAAACUAGGUUGACAAUUACUGCCCAGUUUAUAAGUGAUGGUCGUUCUCUGGGGUACGAAGGUGAAAGGUUGGAGAGGUAUGUGGCUGAGCAGAAAGAAGACUAUGAAAAAGUUAAGAAAGAAGAGUUUGAACGAGAAAAGGCUAGAUUUGAGAGAGAGGAAAGAUUGAAAGCUGAGGCGAAGGCAGAGGAGAAGGCCAGAUUUGAACGUGAGGAGAAGGCCAAGCGUGAGGAACACGAGAGGUGGAAAGAAAGAGAUGCCAGGGAGGAACACAAGAGGAAAGAGGAGAUGGAACUAGAAAGAAUGAAGGAAAAGUCAGCAACAGCGGCUGGGACGGCAACACAGGCAGAGGUGCGGCCUAGAAAUGUUUUAGAUAAACUUGACAAGAGCUUCCAGGGAAUGAAGGAAGACGAUGACCUGAUGGCAUAUUUAACACACUUUGAGGCCGUCGCAACAAGAUGCAAGAUCGAUAGAAAGGAAUGGUCGUUGCUCUUGUCCUAUAAACUAACUACCUUUUUAAGAAACUGUAUGCUGCGGGACAGUCUGUUUUUGAAUGAAAAUUAUGAGGAAGUGAGGGUUGUAUUACUGCGACAUGCGGAUAUAAACGCGGAAACCUGCCGCAAGAGGUUCCACCGGGUGAAACCACGACAGAACGAUUUUAGGGGUUUUGUCACCGAGCUGCGAAACGCGUUGGACCAUUGGUUGAAAAUGGCUGAAGUAGGCAAGACUGUGGAAGAAGUGAAAGAGUUGCUGGUAAAAGAUAGGAUACUUGAGAAUGUGUAG